AUGGACGCCGACGCUGCUCCGCGAAAACGCCGUCGACCCUCUGCUUUGGAGAAAGCAGCAGUGGGCAGCUUGGACAUCCGCGAGGCUCUUCGUGCUGGCAGCGACCGCGCCGCUGCAUCCUCUUCAACACCGCUGGGCGAGCUCUUGGCGGAACAAGAGGCCGCUUUCAUCGCCUGGUCCUGGGAUGAAGCAUCCUCGGCUCUUCAGGCCUGGGAGGCGGCUGCCAUCGAUGCUGUCCCUUUGCUCCAGGAGGCCAAUCUCCGACUUCUGCCGGAUGAUUUUCGAACCGCUUUCAAUCUACAUACUGCUGGUGAUCGGGCAUCCUUUCGCACAGCCGUCCUGGGUGCAUUGCGCGCGGCGCUGGCGUGGUGGCAGGCCCAGACGACCUUGCUCGCCGCAAACCGCGCAUCCUGA